AUGUCCGCUACGAAUGAAGAUGACCCUUUCCUACAAGUUCAAGCUGAUGUGCACCACCAACUAUCCCUCACUCGGCCCCUCUUCACUUCUUAUCUACGUAUUCACUCUCUAACUAAAUCGCCUCAUCCCACUCCCGAGCUCCUCUCCGCGCGCUCCGACCUAACGACUUCCCUCUCUCUCCUAACAGACGACCUUUCCGACCUACGUGAUUCCAUCUCGGCGAUCCAAGCCGAUCCUUACAAAUAUGGUUUACAAAUUGAAGAAGUAUCCCGGCGAGUCCGCAUGAUAGAGGAAAUUGGAGGCGAAGUAGACGAUAUGCGCGAAGAGCUCGAGAAAACCAUGGGAAACCCCACUCCCUCAACUUCAGGCGGAGUUGCAUAUGAUGACAACAACAACGGGUCCCCGCUAGACGAUGACUACGCCGCAGAAUUCGAACACCAGCAACAAAUGCAAAUGCUCAAACAACAAGACGAACAACUAGAUAGUGUGUUUCAUACAGUAGGUAAUCUACGCCAACAAGCCGAUGACAUGGGUCGUGAACUCGAAGAACAAUCGGGGAUGCUACGAGAUGUGGAGACGGUGACGGAUCGCGCGUUGGAGAAAUGGAGCGAUACACGGGAAACCAAAUCACAUCGGAUCAAAUCAGAUCCAGAUCAGCAAAAGGCUUAA